UUUUAAAUAAGAAUGGCUUUUGUUUUUCGAUCAGAAAGAGAGACCUUAGCAUCCAAGAGUAAUCCAAGUCUUGGACCUGGCUCUUACAUUGGUGUUUCAUCCAAGCAAGCUAAGCCAAGCAAUGCUCCUUUUAAUGCGACAUCAAAGAGGAAAACAAUGGAAUCCUCAAGUUAUAAUCCAGGGCCAGGAACUUAUAGCAAUUCAAACCACCUCAAUGCAGGAUUUGAUAGAAUACAGCAAGAAUCAGUUUCUUUUAAACAACAAAAAGAAAUGGGAGUUGAUCAGAUAAACGUACAAGGGAUUAAGCAAACUUCAAAUUUUGCUUCAAAAGUUCCGAGAUUUAAUGGCAAAAACAAAGAAAAUUUGAACUUAGGCCCUGGUAGAUAUGUCCCAGAAGAUACCUGGAUAAAGCAAGUUAAGCCUGUUCCAAAGGCUCACUUUCAACCAAUCCAAUGGGAAAGGCCUCCAAAUGCUCCUUCAAUUCCAUCCCAUGAAAAUGUGUUUGGCUACGAAGAGACUAAAGCAGGAGUCUUAAAGAAACAGAAGAAUCCUGAAAAGGUCACAACAGGAGUAAAAGAGGAUAGGGUUGGCCCAGGUCAGUAUGAACUUCCAAAUGGAAUUUCUACUAACAAGAAAGGGGCUAUCCAGUGGAAGAAGGCACAGACUAAAAGGUUCAAAACAAAGAAAUCAAAGCAAAUUGAAGCUGUUGGCCCAGGACACUACCAAGUUGAAAAAUCUGAUAUUUUCCCAAUAUACAAAUACAAACAAAGCUCAGUCUUUGCCUCAAGAGUGGAGAGAGCUACAUCUGUACAAAUAAAGAAGAGAAAGAGAGGAAAUCUUGUUGUAGGCCAUUCUCGACCAAUCACUGCAUAUCAACAUUUAACCAAGCCAAAGGUUGGCCAUUUUGAAGAGGAUCUUAGUAGUGAUGAAGAUGAUAAAAGAGGCCCAGGAUGUUAUAUUAACCAUGAGAAUCUUUCUUCUUUCAACCAAAAUAUUGCACCAAGGAGGAAACAAUUUUUUGGAUCGACUGUUGCCAGAUUUGAAGGAGAAGGCAAGAAAAAGUCUAAAGUUGGUCCUGGUAGUUAUAAUUACGAAGUUCCUGGAACAGCAAAAACUCGUGCUUCUACACAUUAUCAGUCUAGAAGGCCACCUUUCAGUUCAUCAGGCAAUCGCUUUGGUAAGAAAACAGCUGGAGAAGAACCUGGACCAGGAUCAUACUCGGUAGGGGAAAGACAACUGGGAGUUGAGCAGAAGAGAAUGAUCCCUUUUACUAAAAGCAAAGCCUUCGGAACAACAGAAAAGAGAUUUGUCAGUUCAAAAUCAGUUACAACUCCUGGUCCUGGCCAAUACAAACCAGAAAAUAAUAUUAAACUACUUGAUAAAAAGAAAGGAGGUGCUGGUAACAAAAAGUCAUCAUCAAUUUUCCUGUCAUCUGUUCCAAGAAACCCUUACAAUCAAAAGAAGAAAAAGACCAAAGAGCCUUCGGUAGGUACUUACGAAGUCAAGCAGCACACCAUCGAAGAAAACAUCAAGAAAAAGGCUGGUGUGGGUUUUGAGAACCCUCUUCUAGCUAAUCUAAAAGCGAAGACAAAGGUGAAUAUUCCCUUCUCUUCUCAAUCAAAACGCUUCACUUCCAAAGUCAAUGAGACUGAUGCAUGGCUUGCCCCAGGUUACUAUGAGUACAAAGCUACAUUUGAUGAGAGCAAGCCUAAAACCUCCAAAGCAAAGGAUCAGAAUUUUCUGAUUUCCUCAUCCAGAUUUGAUGGUCCCAAAGCUAUUGAAAACCCUGGUCCUGGACAUUAUGGAAACGAAGAAGGCUCUCAGUGGUACAAAAGAAGCUUUAAUAUGAUUUUUACUGAAUAAAUCCUCCUCAAUUAAGCCAUUCUGUCAA